AGUAACUUCAAUACUCCAGUAGGAGCAGAGCGAGGCUACGGGGAGGAGGUGACGCUACGCGCUCUACCAAACUCUACUGUAACUUGUGUUUGGUGGAGAGCCACCACAAUCCUCUACCACACACACACGCGCACCUUCACGGCAAAUAUACCAGGAAACCGACGAAGUUGUUUGGAUAGUGAGUUAUGGAAAAAGGUCCCAAGUGUGUGUGUCUUGGGUAGUGUGUUUGACUGCUGAAGACCCGUCACAUUAACGUGACAGCGAGUGGCUGAGGCAGUCUAUCCGGAGAUUAUAUUGUGCCGACAAGGUUCUCAUAAAUACGUCUUGUGAAAUUAGUGGAGAUGAUUUAAGUAGACAACGUGCUGUAAAAACGCACCUUGCUCACUUGGUGGAGUUGUGUUGUGCUGGAGAUAAAAAGGCAUUGGUAUUGGUAGAAAAUUAGCUAAUGGUAGAAAAAUUCUGUGCAGCAAUCGUGAAGCAUCACCAGUCGUGAAUAUGUGACGUCAAGAAAGGAUGGUCUGCAACGUGUUGAAACAAAAGUAUCACUGUUGGUUGAUUCAUACGGUGUUAAGUUGGUCAGAUCGAGACCCAUACAAUGUUAGCGAGUAGCGGUAUGGAGGAGUGUUGGGGAGAGUGAGGUGCGGGAGUGUUGGGGUAAGAUGCUGGUGCACUUGUUCUUGUAGCGAUGGUGAGUAGAGUGUUGGGGGCGGGAGUGACACCGCUCUUGUUCGUGUUGCUGUUGUUAGUGGUGGAGAGAAGAGUUGAGGGUCAGGGUGUGGAAGGGGUAGUCCCCAGGGAGGAGGACUACCCGGCCCUUGGACUGGACUAUCCUGGCGAGGCGGUGGACUACCCGGGCCAUCCGGAAGACUUGGGCGCAGAUGGCUACUACACCAGUCCAGCCUACAUUUUUAUGCCAGACUUAUCCAAUACGACGAUACGGAAGUGUCAAUGUGAAGGAGACGAGGUUUGGGGGGGAGGCGCUUGCCACCCGUACCAAACCAUCGUGGCAGUAUUUGACCCCCACAGUGGGCAGCGGGUGGUGGCCAACACUAGCUCCUUCGGCAGGGUGAAGGUGGGCCAAGUGAGGUGCCCACACCCACGCAGCCUCGUUCUCCUUGACUCUAAUCGUCACAUCGAGUACAUUUUCUCCAUACUCGAGUCCGGGGACCUCCACUGGCGGGAAGAGACCUUCUCUGACUAUUGCGUCGAUCAUACUUACGAUCCACACGGACAGCCUACCUCCUGGGAGGCACACGUGUGCCUCCUGCCGCCUUCCGUGCCCCAGUGCUGCCCCCUCAACUUUACUUUCCAUGUGGAUGAUGGGUGUGUGCCUCAGGCGGGCGUGGCAUGGGCGCCACCUGUGCUGGUGGAAGGACAAGCCGUGGAGUGGCCGCAGGUGGAGGGCGACGUGGUCAACAUCACCUGUGACUCACACUCGGAGACUCGGUAUGUAAAGCUGGGCGGUACGGAGGGUGGCCUGGUCUACACCCCCCAGGGCGCGCAGCUGCUCUGGACACCACCUGCAGAGCGCGCCAAGCUUGAAACUCUUCCCGAGUACUGCGUGGGCAAUGAGGCGGGCACGGCAUCCCAGUACGUGGCUAAGGUAUGUUACAAGGACCACGCUGCUGCCCACCGCGAAGCCUGCACCAAUACCACGUGCAUCCGCAAGUGCUGUCCUGAAGGCACGUUCUUUUACGGCAAGUGUGAGCAUGUGAUAGAGAAGAACGAACUGUGGCAGCCAGAGUUUUUCCACCCUGACACGUUGUCGCCCGCGGCCACGCCCCCACAUCCCCUCACGGUUGUCUCCGGCUUCCCUCUCUGCCCCACCUUCUUCCAGUUGGAGUCACACAUAAACGAGAACGACAAGUUCUACCUGCUUACGAACGGAUCCCUGCAUGUGCCUAUUUUCGCAAGGGUGUUCCCGUCAGACAAGUACUGCAUCGACAAUUUCUACAUAGAAGGAAAAGGCGUUCAUACGCUGCCUCUCGUCUGCUUCGAGGAGGACAGUGCCAGCACCAGCCUGUUCUGCCAGGCUGUGCAGUUGUACAUCUACCCGGUACUUCUGGUGGUGUCGUGCGUGUUCUUGACCAUCACGCUCCUCAUCUACGUCAGCGUGCCGGAGCUGCACGCAAAGGUGCACGGCAAGUGUCUGGUGUCACACGUGUCCUCCCUCCUGCUGGCCUACGUCAGCCUCGUCACCGUCCAGUGGACAACCGAAAUCAUACCCCUCGCCGCCUGCAAAGUCAUGGCGUCGGUGACUCACUUCAGCUUCAUGGCGGCGUUCUUCUGGCUCAACGUUAUGUGUUUCGACAUCUGGUGGACCCUCAAGUCAAUGCGGCCAGUGGCUGAGACGGGAGAGUUAUCGCGGCUGAGAUUCAAGAUGUACUCUGUAUAUGCAUGGGGAUGUCCUAUUGUGGUGUCCCUGGUCGCCUUCACCAUCCAGGCUCUCCCGGAACACAUUGAACUCAUCAGGCCAGGUUUUGGCAACAAGAAAUGCUGGUUUCAAAAUGACAAAUCGCUUUGGGCGUACUUCUAUGGGUUUGUACUGGUGCUGGUGGUGGCGAACGUCAUCUUCUUUGCCCAGGUAGCAUACAUUCUCCUGGUGGCUCAGAACGACCCCAUCCUGCAGCGCACCCGUGCCCAGAACAGAGAGAGGUCAGUCCAUGUCAGCACCAUCAGGAUGUGGCUCUAUAUUAAGCUGUUUCUAGUGAUGGGUCUCACAUGGCUCACCGAGGUAAUCUCUUGGCAGGAGGGGACAUGCGAGGCCUGGAUGAUCACCGACAUCGUCAAUACUCUCCAGGGCUUCUCAAUCUUCCUCAUUUUCAUUUGCAAGAGGAAUAUGCUGCGAAGAAUCCGCAACAACUGGGAGCCAUAUUUGCGUCGUGUGAAAGAAUUCUUUGGCUCAUCCCGUCCAACAAAGUCUGCAACGGGCAAAGGUAGCCAGGAGAGUUCAUCUUUCAGCUCUUCUGUGAACCGGCCAAGCCAUUCUGCAGCAUCUCAGAGGACAGUCCAGAGUCAGAUCUCACUUGAUCCAACUUCUGCUUCAAGAAAGUUGUCAUCAUCAUCACUAGUAUCUACCACCGGAGUCCAAGUACACUCUCCCAACUCAAUUUCAAUGGACACGAUAAAUGAAGUUUCGAGCCCUGAAGGUGAACAAGCUGAAAAAAACAAUGGACUUAAUGGACACAGUGUUAGUUUAUCUCGUGUGCCAAAUCCUGCGAAUAUGAAAGAAAGUACUUUCAGCGUGACUGGUAGUCAGUAUAUACCAAAGAGUGCGUUAAACACAAAUGGUGAACAGACAGGCAGCGAUCACCUGCCAGACAACAAUAAUGAACCAUCACUAACAACUGCCGAAAAGGUUGCAUCCUUAAGAACACCAAAUGAAGUUAACACAAGACAGGUAAAUCAUGAAACACCUGCACCAAUAGGAAAAAUUGACAGUGAAGUGCGUUGCAAAAAUGCAGAGGAAGUUACAUCAGUGAGAAACACUGACAGUGAAGUGAUUUUGGAAAGUGCCGAAGAAAUUUCACCACCGAGAAACUUUGUCAGUGAAAUGCCUUCCAAAAUUGAUAAGGAAGUUACACAGCUGACAGAAAGUGAAAAUUCUUCACAGAACAAAAAAUUUGUGAAUGCUCCUCCAGAAAAUACUAAUGAAAAUAAUAUUGUAAGGACCCAAGAACAAAGUGAAGUGUUUGGAAUAAGUAAUGGGUCAGUGUUGCCAAGACACCACCGAGCAUUUACGACAGAGGAUGAAGAUGAUCAGCCUGUAGAUGUGUGACACGUGUUCAUGUUUGAAUUCUGCUGCAAGUUUUAUAAUUAGUGAGAAACACUAUUUGACAGAAAAUAUAUAUACAAUUCCAUAUAAAGAGUACCACUGUAUUUACAGUAUAGCAUUUAUUACUAUGCACUCGGUUGAAAACAUCCACAAUUAGACAAGCAUGUUGGGAAUUUACCCUUUGCUGUUCACAGGCGUGCAUAGCAGUGAAACUAAUGGUGCACACUGCGUGUUUUAACAUGAAUCACAUGGCAUAAAUCACUGCAGUGACAAUUAAGUGAUCUAUCAGUGCUGGUGAAAGAUAUACUUCCUGAUGAGUGCAGGCAUCCAGCCUUUAUGAAUCUCACUGAUUCAUAUCGUCUUUUAAAUUAUCAGUUAUAUUUUUAAAGAAAUGUAGUCUGUUUAAUGGAAAUAUAUUAUAUUCAAGAAAUUAGUAAUUAGUAAAAACACUAUACAGUAUAGUACUGAAAACUAUUUUGCAUGCUGUUGUGUGCUAGAACAUCACUGAUGAUUGUGUUACCAUUAUGUGUUAAAUGUGGGAUUGUUAUUUAUGUAAUAAGAUGCUGUAAAGUUGUUGAUGAAUGUAGCAAGCCAUUAGAAGCUACAGUAUAAAACAAUUGCAAAUAUAUAUUUCUCUUAAGGCAAAUAUUUUACUUGACUGAAUUUAAUUCCUACAAAAAGGGCAAAAUAAGUGUCCAUCAAGAUAAUGUAAGCAUAAUUUAGUGAAAUCUUUUGUUACAUCAUGUGAAAUUAUGGUAAUUUAAUCUGAAAUGAGGCUAAAUACAAUCUGUGGAUAGUAAUGUAUGAUAAAUCAUGCUUGCAUGGAAGAGCUUCACAUGAAUUUUUGACAGGCUAUAUUACCAGAACAACAAACUAAUGUAGCACUUGUAUAUUGAAAGCUUUAUUUGUAAUUGUAAGGUUAAGAGCACAAGUAUGAAGUUUAUAUGUCUUGUUGCCCAAGAUAUUUAUCUUUGACAUGCAUGCAGUUUUAACUAUUGUGCAUUCUUGUAAAUACUGUAAUUUUUGUGGUUUGUGUACACUAAGCAAACUUGCAAUUUUAGAUACAUCUCCUCAGAUACUAUCAAUGUGCACUCCUCCCCGUUACCUCGGAUACACUUGACAUGCCCUAUCUCUUCAGAUACUACCUACAUACACUUUUCCCUAUCACCUCAGAUACUAUUGCCAUGCUUUUCUCCCCAUCACCUCAGAUACUGUAACCAUGAUCUUCUCGCCCAUCACCUCAUACUAUUAACAUAUACUUCUUCUCAUCACUUCAAACACUUGUUGACACUCACUUCUAAUCUGGGGCAUUCCUCUUCUCAUAAUCCCCCCCCCCCUCCUCUCCUUGCGUCCUGCUGACACACCUCACACAUCUCCAGAAGACAAACACCUCAUGUCUUGGCCAGUGACUUGUGAGACUAGAGAGGUAUAGUCGACAUCUCUUCUGGUGAUGGCAUUUAUGUGGGUUGUAUAACCUGUAUAGCAAGCUCUUUAAUCAUAAACAAAAUGAAAAAGAGUACACAAAUAUAUGUGGUGGGAGUACACAUCUGUCUUCUGAUCUAUGAAGGUAAGAGAUACCUAAAUUAUAAGACAAUUUUUUUUAUAUAAACAUGAAAUGAUAAUGUACAGUACAGUACAAUUUGAAAUACUGUAUUAAAUAGAUAAUAUUUGGUAAAUACUAAUGUAUAAGACAGGAAGCCAACAUUAUAGAAAGGCAUUACAGUAUAAAAUAUUAGAGUAAUUCUGCAUGAACCAAAACAGUAUUAGCUGAACUAAAUUACAACUACAGAAUAUACCUGUAAGUUGUUGAAACUGAAUAUAUCUUUGUCAUAAACAAAUCAUAUGCUGUGUAAGAUUUUAUUAUACUCAAUGUGCAUGUACAGUGUAUGUGUUUUUUAUUGGUUAUAUUGCUUAAUCGUAAACAAAUGUACUUUCACAACUCAUUGUACCUUCUUGUAAAUAAAUAAAUGAGCCCAUCUUUGUGAAAUAAUAAUAAUAAUAAUAAUAAUUCAUUGUGUCGGGGGACAGGCAUGCGGUCUUUAUACUCCAGAAAUUACUGAUCCUGGGGGUUAAGGGGGGGGGGGACUUUGAUAUAAGCCUAACAUUAUAUAAUAAAUGUAUGUCAGAUUGCAAUGCUAUGAUUGUUUUUACUAAAGCUCUGUAGAACCAUUCAGUAAAUUCUUGUGUAGCAGUUAUUUCUGCAGGUAUGCUACUGUACAUUGUAUUAUUGUGUGACAGCCCCUUGAUUAUACCAAGAAAAUCAGGAUAAAUAACGCUAGGAAUAGCAUCCAGUUUCAUGUCGACCAUUGUUUAUAGGUCUCUGUACAGUCUUGACACCAUACUCCCUUCCUGAAGCUUCCCAUCAGGAUAUUGUCACUGAGGAAGGUUCUCUCCAAGAGCCUUUAUCACCACACACAAACCUUUCAUUCUCAAGCUCGCUAAUCUCUUCCCUACUCUUAUUUCAUAUACUUUAUUCUUUAUUUAUUUAACACUGCCUCUUGUGUAUAUAAAACUUAUUACCUCUUAUUAGUGUUUCCCUCAUUUUUAUCUUAGCCUUGCCAUUCUAUAGAGAUCUAUAAAAUCCUCAACUUCCCAUUCAAUUCCAUCAAAUACUGUAACUUUAUUGUUAUUUACAUUGACAUUUAUCUAUAUUCACACACUAUCAAAGUUAUUUAUGAUCAUUUACAAUUCCUCCUCACUCUAAGCAAAGAAUACUACAUUCACCUGAAUUCCUCCUCACAUGUAAAUAACAUAUUAUCUUGACUACUUUCCUAAUAUAUAUCCAUAUACAAUAUAUUAAAGAACCAGGAAACUUUGGUGAAGCAAGUUGUGUAUAUCAUCCAUCAAAGAGUGGAUUAAUGAUCUAUAUUCUCAUACUCUGGAUUUUGUAGUAAAAACCAAAAUAAAUAAAUACAAAUGAUGAAGAAAAAGAAUGAAUGUAAAAGUUUGAGCAUGCAAUAUUUGAAUACAAUAUUAAUAAUAAUGACUAUAAAAAUGAUUUGCACACUAUGGUCAAUCUGGAGACAAAACCUGGUGUGCUAAAGUGCUGAUGAAGCUUAGUGGAGACCUUAAUACACACUGAACUGCUCUACGUGUAAUAUCCAAAUGUACUUUGUUUCUGCACUAAACUGCUCCUUUUAAUAAUUACUUACUUCUGCACUAGACAAAGUGUGUGUGCAAUAAGUGUGGAAUCUUAUUGGCAUAACCAUUGUACUGUAUAUUACUUAAGAUAAUGAACCCGAGUCUUGAAUUUUGUUGGUGUUGCAAAAUAAUUUACAUGAUUUGCGUGGGUGAAUUUAGUGCACUUUACAUUUUUAUCCUGGAGUUACUUGAUAGGCGAGCCACAGAUGAUGAAGUACCAAGGUCGUGUGAUGAUCCAAACACAGAUUUCUGUACAAGAUUUCUGUACAAGCAUUUCCAAACAGUUUUUGUGUUAAUUAUUCCUAGUGUCUGAUGUAGUGUUCUAAAAGUGCAUAUACAUAUUGUACAUGAUCAUCAUAUCCCCAGCAUUAUAAUCAGCUCCUGACUCAGAAUUUAGAAGGCAUUCAAAGUACAGUACUGUAUCUUAAUCAUAACUACGCUGUUGGCUUUUCAGCCUCCCCAUCUUUUACUUCCCUCAUUUACUAUCCGUCAAGUAAGUAUAUAAUUUCAGAAUUGGUUUUGUUUUGUUCAUCUCACAGUACAGUACUGUAUCUUCUCAUAUAGUUUGGCUUCAGUAUUUAUAAUGCAAAUUUCUUUAAUUUUUGUAAACUUUACACUUUUUAACAUAGACAAUGGGUUCAUCUCUUAUUUUCCGAUUCUUAAUACAAAAUAUUUUUCUCUAAAACCUUCAAUAUCGGUCUGAUCACUAUCCUUAGAACUCGAACUAGAUGUGUCCAAAUAUUUAUCUAUUAAUUUUUAAAGGUUGUUUAUUGUAAAUGGCCCCAUAACCAAGCUCUAGUCCAUAUUCCUGUAUUAUUGUGGAGACCUGAUAUAUUUCCUUAAUGGAACCCUCCUGAUUAUUGAAAUGUUUAGCAGUUUGUUAUAGUAUUGUUUCAGGGUGUUUAUUAUGUCUUGAUCAUGCAAUUGUAUUUGCACAGCUGUUGUACUGUAUUAUGUCACUGACUAUACAGCUGUAUAGUUAGCUAACAACCAAUUGUCCUGGGUUCGCUUUCCAUGCAAGACAAGAUGUUGAAGGACAUUUUCUUAUGCCUAAUGCCAAUAAGUACCUGGGAAUUAGAUAAUUGUUGAGGUUUGCAUCCUGGAAAUGACCAAUCAUAGGCCUAGGGAGGUCUUGACAAGCCUAACUGCCUUCCUGUCUCCAAUAAUAGGAGACUAAGUUUGUCUCAUCAGCAUUAUAAAUUUGUCUGGAUGAUAAGUUCUGAUCAAUCACUAUACUCCUGAAAUCUGUCCACACACUUAACUGCACCAGCAUCAUUGGUUGACUGCCUUUCUUGUGCCUAUUGUUAUUCCAAACUAUGAAAUUCCCUUUCCUUCUUCAUGAGCAACCAUCUUGCCACUGUUAAUUUAAUUUUUUUCACAGUUCUCUUACCAUUCUCACACUGCAUCAUCAAAAUGUUUUACUUUAGCCUUGCUGCUUUUCUGUUGUGAAUGGAUUAAUCUCUUUCAUUUCGAGCAUAAUAAUCAAAGAUCUUAACAUUAGCAUUCUUUCGUCUCAAAAAUCAUCUCAGUACAUUUCCUUUUCAAUUCACUCUUAGCUUGAUUGGCAAAAUACAAUAUUUGUAUUUUUACAAUACAAUAUUUGUAUUUUUAGCCAACAUAGUGCAUAGAAAAGCAAUGCUAGGUCAGUGUACAUGUGGGGUUCAAGUGCACAUGAGCACCUAUCAUGUGUAUCUAUCACACCUUAAGAUAGAAAACAGGAAAACUAGGCCUCUCUGUGUCUGGCUGCAUACCUUAUUCAACUCAAUAUGUACUCGGACAACUUCAACCAGACAUAUUAAUGGGAAACAUGUUAAACCUUGAAACUGACGUCUGGAAAUAGUGUAGUCGACUGUACAGUAUAUAUAUAAUAUUGUAUAUACUAUUAAUGCAUAUAAACCUUGUUGAUGAAAUUAGAUAUGCAGGAGACCUUGUAAACCUAUUUUUUAUUUCCAAAAGAAUUUAAAAGAAUAACACACUCAUAUAUAUGUUGUAAAUUGUUUUACAUGUAUUUGUCACCAAUCAUUUAGUUGUAUAAUUAUUUUAAUUAAGUAUUGUGUCAGUAUCAUACGUGUAAUGUUAAUAAAUAUUGGAUGUAAUUUAUAUGACAUGUGAAAUAAAUAUUGUGCCAUAA